CGAAUCAAAACCUCUCAUAAACUCACACUUCCUUAUCUUUUGUUGAAAAAUGUUAACCCCUCUAUUUCUGCCCAAGAAAGUGUAGAUACAGAAACAGCAUGGCUGCCACACUCAGCCUCCUGAAACUCUCAAUUCUUCCUCAAAAACCACCCCAAUCCAAACUGCCAAUUCCCCAAAUCAAACCAACAAAAUUGAAUAUCUCCAGAGACUCAACAACCAACCCACAAAGCCUCUCACAUGAUAUCAUCCAUGUUCUUAAAUCAGCUUCUCUUCCUCUCACAGCACUCACAAUACCUUUCUUUCUUGACCAAAAGGAUGCACUUGCUGUCGGUGGAGAGUUUGGAAUACUGGAGGGAAGGACAUUUGCACUCAUACACCCCAUUGUGAUGGCUAGUUUGUUCUUCUAUACCUUGUGGGCUGGGUAUUUGGGUUGGCAAUGGCGCCGAGUCAGGACGAUACAGAAUGAGAUUACUGAACUCAAAAAGCAAGUGAAGCCUGCCCCAGUUACUCCAGAAGGGACACCAGUGCAGGUGGCACCCUCUCCGGUUGAGCUCCAAAUUCAGCAACUCACUGAGGAACGGAAAGAGCUGCUGAAAGGGUCCUUCAGGGAUAGACACUUCAAUUCAGGGUCAAUACUGCUAGGAUUCGGAGUGUUUGAAUCAAUUUUCGGAGGAGUGAACACAUGGUUUAGGACAGGAAAGCUAUUUCCAGGGCCUCAUUUGUUUGCAGGAGCAGCCAUUACAGCACUAUGGGCAGCAGCUGCGGCUCUUGUACCUGCAAUGCAGAAAGGAAAUGAGACGGCCAGAAAUCUUCACAUAGCAUUGAAUGUGUUGAAUGUUCUGCUCUUUGUGUGGCAGAUCCCCACUGGAAUCGAUAUAGUUUUCAAGGUUUUUGAAUUCACUAAUUGGCCAUGAAUUACAGACCUUGCAAUUGUGAGCUCUCUCGUACUUUCUUUGUUUUUUGGUCACCUGUGUUAUCUGCAACUUCCAAUUUUUUGUUCUUCCCCCUUGUCCCACUCAUGUUUCUUUCUUUUUUUUUUUUUGAGGGGAGUCCCACUCAUGUUUCUAGUAUAUAUCUUAGACCCAACCAUAUAUAAUUAUUUUACGAGGAUUAUUUUA